AUGAACGACAAGCCCACAGGCAGCGACGCUGCCGCUCCCCCGCCCAAGCCUCCGCCAUCCGACUAUAGCCACCCCAAACUCGACUGCGACCUGGUCAUGAAGGGUGGCAUCACCAGUGGCAUCGUCUACCCGCUCGCCAUCUGCCAGCUCGCCACCGUCUACAAGCUGCGCUCAGUGGGAGGGGCGUCCGCUGGCGCCAUCGCCGCCGCCGCCGCCGCGUGUACCGAGAUUGGCCGCGACAGGGGCGGCUUUGAAAAGCUCUACCGCAUGCCCCAGGAGCUCAGUGCGCUCGCGCGCGGACCCAACAGCCCCGACAGCAAGCUGUUCACGCUGUUCCAGCCGCAGCCGGGCAUGCAGCGCCUCUUCAACCUCGCGACCGCGGGUCUGGGCCUGACGGGCGCGGCGCGUGCGUGGGCCAUGGUGCGUGCUGCGCUGGGCGGGUGGGCGCUGCCCACGCUCGCGGGCACGCUGCCGGGUCUUGCAGGCUUAGGCAUCAGCAUUGCCGGGCUGUCGUUUGCGGGCCGCCCGAUCGUGUACGUCGGGCUGUCGUUUGCGCUCGUCUUGUCCCUCAUCCUUGCGGUCUCGGGCGGCGUGCUGGCGCUCGCACUGGCUCUCCUCCGUGACGUUGGCAAGAUGCCGCAAAAGGGCUAUGGACUGUGCGACUGCCUCACUGCCAAGGACGCAAAGUUCCCGGCGCUCACGACGUGGAUGUACGACACGUUCCAGGACCUCGCAGGCAUCACGGACGGGCACCCCAUCACGUUUGGCACGCUCAGCGACGCCGGCGUCAACCUCAUGCUCAUGACCACCAGCCUCGGCCAGUCGCAGCCGCUGGCGAUGCCGUGGGACAAGGGCGGGUACUACUUCAACCCGGUCGAGUUUCGCAAGUUGUUCCCCGAGGAGGUCGUCGCCGCCAUGGAAGCAGCUGCGGAUCGCAUGGAGGCGCUCGAGGCCGCCCGUGCCACCCACCUCAGCCUCACCAACUGGGAAUCGGCCGUGCGCCACCAACAGGCUCGUAACCGUCCAGAUGGAGCGUUGAGAAUGUUCCCUCGCCCGGCCGACCUGCCCAUUAUUGUCGGCGUGAGAAUGUCCCUCAGCUUCCCCGGUCUUAUCAGUGCUGUGCCGCUGUAUGAUGUCGACUACACGUACCCGAAAAACGACGAUGCAAAGAAGUCGGUCGAUGCUACUUACGGAACGGGCAGGACGCCCGCGCAGGCCGCCGCGCAAACCAUCCAGUUCCAGUUUGUCCUCAACUGGUUCUCGGACGGCGGCAUCUGCGCCAACCUCCCGCUGCAGUUCUUCGACUCUGUCCUCCCGCUGCGGCCGACAUUCGCAAUCGACCUUGCCUCGUUCCCGCCUGGCAAGUCUAUGAACGUCGACCAGAUGAAAAACACUUUCCUCGCCCAAAACAACGACGAGGGGCUUAUCCGUCCCCAGAACACCAUCGGCGACAAGGGCCUGGCUGGUCUCGUGUCGUUUUUCACCACCAUUGUCGAAACGGCCCGCGGGUGGGUCGACCAAGGACAAGUCGGCAUGCCUGGCUACCGCGACCGUAUCGUGACCGUGUACCACGAUGACGACGAGGGCGGCAUGAACCUCAACAUGAAGCCCAGCACCGUUGUCGCCCUCGCCGAGCGCGGGCAGUGUGCCGGCACCCACCUCAUCACCAAGUUUGCCGGCUCGCAGCCGGGCGUCGUCGCGGCUCCUGGGUGGGACAACCACCGCUGGCUGCGCUUCCGCACGACUGCGGCCGCCAUGUCGGACGCGCUGUCGUCGUUUGAAGCAGAAUACCAGAGCGUGCCGGCGGGAACGACCGCGUACAGCGACUGGAUCGGGCAGAAACACCACCGCCCGUUCCCGUCGUACCAAAUCUUCGAGGAUCGCCUCCCGGCCGCGGUCACGCGUACGGGCGAGCUGCUGCACACGGCCACGUUAUGGCAGGUCGACCCCGCCGACGCGCUCACGCACGGCGCACCCAACCCGCGCCCGACGCUGCGCCUCAUGCCGCCGGGCCUCACGGGCGUGCGCGUCCGCCCCGACGUCCUGACCGACAUCCCCCCGCCGAGGCCGACCUCGCCCCAGGCCCGCGAGGAGGAGGACGAGGAGCUCCACCAGCAGCACCACAGUGCCUCGCACCUGGGACUGGGCCUGCCCCCUGCCGCUGACAACCACCUCACGCCCGUGGUCUCGAACGCGUCAGUCGAGUCGCCGCCCGUCGACGACGCGGCGCAGCCUCUGAUCACUCCGGCGGGUUCCAACGUGUGA